AGGCCCCAGCAGCCCAAUGGCGCAGGCGGAGUCAGGGUUGUGUCACGCCCUCGUGUCCCUUGCCCGCGGCUGGGAGGAAGGCAAAGUAGCAAAAGUGGACUCGGACCUGAGAGCGGGGUACCCUCAUAAUCAGUCACUACAACAGAUUUGACCCUAGCUACCAGGACCGAAGCUCGGGGCUAAACAGAGGCCUUGGGGGAGUGAGCUAAACUUAGGGGCCCGAGCCGCGUUGCUAGCGGGAAUGGUAGUUUUCAGUGUCCCAAAGUUUCGGCUGAACAGGGUCAUGGCCAAGCAGGUUUGUACUACAGCUCCCAAAGUUCCUCACCAGCCCGAGUCGCUCCGCCUCUGUGGAGCUCUGCAUUGUGGGAUAUAGAGUUCGAAAUGCGGCGAGGCGUGGCGGUGUCCAAAGCGAGAUGCGGGACUCGGACUCGGUUUCCCUGCGGCCCCGGUAGACCUCUGGAUCAUUGGCUGAGCGGGGCGGAUCUGGUCCCGCUCCUCCCCGCCCCCAGUGACACAAUAGCAGCUCCCUCCAAGAUGGCGGCAGCGACGGCGGACACUGGAGCUGGGAGCCCGCAGGCUGGAGACUCCUCCGGCGGGGCCGCUGGGGGCGGGCUGCCGUCCCCAGGGGAGCAGGAGCUCAGUCGGCGCUUGCAGCGCCUGUACCCCGCGGUCAACCAGCACGAGACGCCGCUGCCGCGCUCCUGGAGCCCCAAGGACAAGUAUAACUACAUCGGCCUCUCCCAGGGCAACCUCCGCGUCCACUACAAAGGUCAUGGCAAAAAUCACAAAGAUGCUGCCUCAGUGCGUGCCACCCACCCCAUACCUGCUGCUUGUGGCAUUUAUUACUUUGAGGUGAAGAUUGUCAGCAAAGGAAGAGAUGGGUACAUGGGAAUAGGACUCUCAGCUCAAGGCGUCAACAUGAACAGACUUCCUGGUUGGGAUAAACAUUCCUAUGGUUACCAUGGAGAUGAUGGGCAUUCCUUCUGUUCCUCCGGUACUGGCCAGCCCUAUGGCCCCACAUUCACCACAGGAGAUGUGAUUGGCUGCUGCGUGAACCUCAUCAACGGCACCUGCUUCUACACUAAGAAUGGUCACAGCCUUGGUAUAGCCUUCACCGACCUCCCGGCCAACCUCUACCCCACCGUAGGCCUGCAGACACCCGGGGAGAUUGUGGACGCCAACUUUGGGCAGCAGCCCUUCCUGUUUGACAUUGAGGACUACAUGCGGGAAUGGCGUGCCAAGGUCCAAGGCACUGUCCACUGCUUCCCCAUCAGUGCCCAGCUUGGCGAGUGGCAGGCAGUGCUGCAGAACAUGGUCUCAUCUUACCUGGUGCAUCAUGGGUAUUGUGCCACAGCCACAGCUUUUGCCCGAAUGACUGAAACCCCGAUUCAGGAAGAACAAGCAUCUAUAAAGAACCGACAAAAGAUCCAGAAGUUGGUGCUAGAGGGCCGUGUGGGCGAGGCCAUUGAGACCACACAGCGCUUCUACCCAGGGCUGCUGGAGCACAACCCCAACCUGCUCUUCAUGCUAAAGUGCCGACAAUUUGUGGAGAUGGUGAAUGGGACCGACAGUGAGGUCCGCAGCUUGAGCUCCCGAAGCCCCAAGUCCCAGGACAGCUAUCCUGGCUCCCCCAACCUCAGCCCCCGACACGGCCCCAGUAGUUCCCACAUGCACAGCACAGGUGCAGACAGUCCCAGCUGCAGCAAUGGCGUCGCAUCCACCAAGAGCAAGCAGAACCACAGUAAAUACCCUGCGCCCAGCUCCUCCUCUUCCUCCUCCUCGUCCUCCUCGUCCUCCUCAUCCCCAUCCUCCGUCAAUUACUCCGAGUCCAACUCAACAGAUUCUACCAAGUCCCAGCCCCACAGCAGCACCAGUAACCAGGAGACCAGCGACAGUGAGAUGGAGAUGGAGGCGGAACAUUACCCCAACGGUGUGCUGGAGAGUAUGUCCACACGCAUCGUCAAUGGUGCCUACAAGCAUGAGGACCUGCAGACAGAUGAGUCAAGCAUGGAUGAUGGGCAUCCCCGGCGGCAGCUCUGUGGGGGCAACCAGGCUGCCACAGAAAGGAUAAUCCUGUUUGGCCGCGAGUUGCAGGCACUGAGUGAGCAGCUGGGCAGGGAGUAUGGCAAGAAUUUGGCCCACACGGAGAUGCUGCAGGAUGCCUUCAGCCUGCUGGCGUACUCUGACCCCUGGAGCUGCCCAGUUGGCCAGCAGCUUGACCCCAUCCAGAGGGAGCCUGUGUGCGCUGCCCUCAACAGCGCCAUUUUAGAGUCUCAGAACCUGCCAAAGCAGCCCCCGCUGAUGCUCGCCCUGGGCCAGGCAACCGAAUGUCUACGGCUCAUGGCCCGAGCGGGCCUGGGAUCCUGCUCCUUUGCCAGAGUCGACGACUACUUGCACUAGCUGACCGUGCUGGCUGGCCCCGCCUGGCCCUCCCUCGGCCCAGGGCUGGAGCAGCCUGGCCCUCCAUAGGCACCUGGCGCAGGGACCUGGAAGCCACGGGCAGAGUCCACUCCUCCUGCCUGGCCUCCUCCCUUUCCUUUCCUUUCCUUUCCUUUCCUUUCCUUUCCUUUCCUUUCCUUUCCUUUCCUUUUUCCUUUUUCCUUUUUCCUUUUUCCUUUUUCCCCACCUCAGUCUUUCCCCCCCAACCCCCCUUUAUGUGCAGCGGCCUAUGAUGCAGUAUCGCUGGUUACUCUCAUGUAGCACCUUCUACUUUGAAAGGGGGGUUUUGUUUUGAGGAGGGGUUGGAGUUUUUUUAAUCAUUUUUUCCCACACGACUGAGCCACCAGUAUUUAUCUCUGGAGAGUUUGUGCUGAGCUGGUUUCUGCUAAUUUAGUGAUGAAGCCUAUCCAAGUUGGUGAUAGCUUAUUAUUUUCAUAAGUAAAAAAAUGAGAUUAUAUAUAUAUAUAAAUAUAUAUAUUACAAAAAGACACAGUAUUUAUCGUAGUGUUAGUCCAGCACCUCUUGGGUGAGGCUAUCCAGACACCAUAUGUUUUUAUUGGAGUCCAAUUCAUUAAAAAAGGAUCAUCUCUGUAACCUCAGCCAAGUGAUUUAUUUCAGGCUUCCCUUUGUUGAGCCACAGGUCCAGCUGCAGCCCAGGGCAGCCUAAGAGGCUUUGGGGUGGGGCACUCAGUGGGCCGGUCAGGCUGAGCUGGUUUGUAGCAUCCAAGAGGUAUGGUCCCCGGGCCCCAAAGAAUUGGACUGAGUGGAAAACCAGUCGGGCCAGGGGUCCAGAGAAGGAGAGGAGUUGACCCAGG